AGCAUUGUGUUGGCUCAAUCCAUUAUGACUCGAGCCGGCAAGCGGAAGCAACGAUGCGCCCGUCUUCGUUCACCAGGCGGCGUCCAAGGCCAGCGACGGGCCGCAGUUCGCGAUGGACGCCGUCGAUGUUCGGAUCGUGCCGCUGGGGGCAGCUUAGGACGAAGGUCAAGUCGAUCUCAAGGACGAUCUCGAUGGGGAGCAGGGACGAUCUCGAUUGCCAACGCUGGCCUUCCACCGCGGCCAGCGUUGGCAAGUCGAGCGGCCGAACUCUCCGCGAAUUCGACGGUGUGGUGUGCGGGGCCUGCAGUGGUUCUAUGCGCCGCGAGGACAUGCCUAGUGUGCCAGAUCUUCCAGAUUCUUCCCGCGCGUCAGCGGGGUCCGACAGCAGCAUGCGCCGAUUGAUGGAAGAUGCGCCCAUGCGCCAGUCGAGUAGGGCGGGAAUCGAGAAUAGGACAGUGAAAGAUUUUGAGAUCGUGAAGACUCUUGGGGAGGGCUCCAUGGGUCUAGUUCUCAUGGUCAAGCUUGCCAAUGACAGGGGCACCCCGUACGCGCUCAAGAUAACCGACAAAGGGCGUUUCGUCAGGGAGCACCAGGUUGGAAGAAUGAUGCAGGAGAGCGAGCUCCUUCGGCGUGCCAGCCAUCCGUUCGUUGUCAGAUUGAUUGACGCGUUCCAGGACGACGCGAGCCUCUUCAUGCUCACGGAAUAUGCUGGCGGAGGCGACCUAUUCUCAGCCAUGCAAAACGCCAAGUUUGACGAAGUAUGUGCGCAUUUCUUCGGUGCUGAGGUCGCGCUUGCUCUCGGCCACAUCCAUAGUUUGGACAUCGCAUAUCGUGAUCUGAAGCCAGAGAACGUUGUGAUCGAUUCGCUGGGCCACGCCAAGAUCAUCGACUUCGGGCUGGCUAAAGUGAUUCAAACACGAACGUAUACAGUGUGUGGGACAUUGGAGUACAUGGCGCCCGAGGUCUUGUCCCAAGUCGGCCACGGCCAGUGUGUGGAUUGGUGGGCGCUCGGCAUCCUCAUCUUCGAGAUGCUCGCGUUCCGGGCCCCCUUCACGGGGCGCACCGCCCGCGAGACUCGCAGGAACGUGAUCGACCGCGAUCCGCGAUGCCCCCAAUACUUCGGGAGCGUGGCCAAGGGCAUCGUCUACCUGCUCCUGAUCAAAGACCAGGGGCUGCGUCUGGGCAGCGGCGCCGACGGCACCAGACGUGUCCAGAGCCACCCGUGGUUCUCCACCGUGGAGUGGGGCGACCUCCUCCGGCAGAAGUGCGCCUCGCCCUUCUCGCCGGCCGGCGGCUAAUGGCGCCGGCGGAGCGCCCUCGCGCGGCGGCCUCCACGAGCGAGGAGCCGGCGGCCGCCCCGCGGGUGGGCUCGCCUGGGCGCUCGUCGGGGGCCUCGGACGCGCGGGGUGGAUGUAGGACUUGCGCAAGGCUCUUCCCCUAACGGGACGGGCGAGUGCCGAAGGGAUAUCCUUACGGCGCCACAAGGAUUUUUUGCAGGGAUGGCGCCUUUGGCCAGGCUAAUGCUGACGAGCACUUGGGGAGAAGUGUUUGGCGCAGGCCUCGGCCAUUCUCCGCGUCUGACAGCACGACGAAUAUCGGCAGCUCAGGUGGAGCCCCGGCUUGAGCGGUACUGUUCCAAAGCGGGCAUCCGCAUGAGCGCAUCUUUUUUUUUGUUGGCGCGCAUAUCUUUAUCGGCGCGUCUGCAUGUGCGAGUCGGAUUGCGAGUUGAACUGGGACUGACUGCCUGGGAACGUUAGGGGUAAUCAGUUCGGGCGAUGCCUUACCGC